AGAGAAGUCUUCUCUCUGAUCAACACUCUCAAUGCCAAAUUAAUAAAAAAAAUUGUGCUCUGUACGUAUUUGUUAUUUUAAGCUUUAGAUUCAUAUCUAAUUACAUAGACUAACAUUAUUAAAACGCCCUAUAAAAAUAAUUUUGUUCAUUCAUUUGAAAAGAAAAGUUCAGUGUCGACAAAUAUUUUGAUCAUCAAAUCUACAAAAGUAGAACGAGAUAAACAGUGAUAUUAAGUAAUACCAUUUACUGUGAUUCAAAAUAAAGAAUAAAUAUGCCUUUACAUCGUUAUACACACGCAGUUUUAUGCCGAAUUCCAAAUUCAAUAGUGAAUAUUAAUGCAAAUGUUGAUGUAGAGAAAGCUCGUAGUCAACAUUUAGCCUUGGCACAACUUUUACGUGAAUUAGGAAUAGAUGUUGUUGAAAUGCCAGCAGAUGAAUCUGCACCAAUGUGUGCUUUUGUUGAAGAUAUAGCAGUACUUUGUAAUGGUAUUGCUCUAAUAGCACGACCUGCCGAAGCAUCAAGAAUGAAAGAGAUUGAAGUAAUGAGAGCGGUAUUGAAAAAAGAAUUAGAAAUAUCUCUUGUUGAAAUCACUGAUACCAGUGCUAAACUAGAUGGAGGAGAUGUUUUAUUUACAGGUAGAGAAUUUUUUGUUGGACUCUCACAGUUUACCAAUGAAAAAGGAGCUAGAGCAGUAGCCGCAGCAUUUCCAGAAUACCCUUGUGUUCCUAUUAAAGUACCAGAAAAUAAAAGAUUGAAAGGAUUGCUUACAAUGGCUAGCCCUGAUGUUAUUUGUGUUGGAGCAGGUAUAGAAUCUCAACAAGUAUUGAAGAGAAUUGAAAGAGAAGCAACUUAUGUUUAUACAACGUUAACAGUACCAGAAGAUGUUGCUGCAAAUGUAAUAUUCAUUAAUGGAACUUUAAUUCGUCGUCAUGAAGAUGAAAUUCCAUUAUCAAAUGAUACAUUUUCAACAAAACUUGAUAUUCCAACUAGAGAACUACAUAUGUCAGAAUUAGCUAAAGUUAGUUUAGGGUUAACAUCAUGUUGUUUGUUAGUACGAAAACCAAGACACAUUCGUAGUCUCUAGAAUUAUCAAUAACUAAUAAUGUUUUACUGAUAAUAAUGUUCUAAAUCUAAAUUAUAUAUUAUCGAGCUAUUUAACGAUAUAAGAUUUCAUAUAUAAGACAUUAGUUAUUUUAUAUUAAUUAUAAUAAUUAGGCAUGAUCAAUUUUAUACUAUCAUAGUUGGAGUAAUUUAAAUAUUUUUAUUCGUUUAUUACUUCUAUUAUUACAGACUUGAAUGUAUUUUUUUCUACAAAGGUCAAUUUUAAUCAGCACAAAGUAUUAAGUUACAAAAAGUAUGUAUUUAUAAAUUAUACAUUUUUUUAAUUAUAAUUUUUAUCACCUUU